AUGGGAUAUCAAGGCGCGGUCACAGGUCGCAGGGUGCUACUCCUCAAUCCUAGGUACAUUACAAUUGUGCAGAGAUGGCAGACACUGAAGCUGUCUUGGAAGAGCUGCAAAGAAGAAACACAAAAUGAAGAGGCCAAAUUGGAACAAGUAGAAGAUGCAGAAGAAGAAGAGACAAAGCCAAAGCCAAAGUUAUUCGUACCAAGCCAUGCUCCCAAAAUGCCUGAUGGUGAAAAAGUUGACUUUGAUGACAUUCAACGAAAACGUAUGGAAAAGGACCUGUUGGAACUGCAAGCUCUCAUCGAAGCCCAUUUCGAGAGGAGGAAAAAGGAGGAAGAAGAUCUUGUUGCUUUAAAAGAGAGAAUUGAGAAGCGCAGGGCAGAAAGAUCUGAGCAGCAGAGAAUCCGAGCUGAAAAGGAAAAGGAGCGGUUGAACCGAGCUGCUGAAGAAAAGGCAAGAAAAGAAGAGGAGGAACUUCGGAAAAAAGCAGAAGAGGAUAUGAAGAAAAAGAAGGUUUUGUCGAAUAUGGCACUGCAUUAUGGAGGCUACCUACAGAAGACUGAAAUCCGUCGAAGUGGCAGGAAGCAAACAGAGAGAGAAAAGAAAAAGAAGAUUCUGGCAGAUCGACGCAAACCUCUUAAUACAGAGAAUCUUAAUGAACAGAAACUCAAAGAGAAAGCGCAGGAACUGGCAGACUGGCUGCAGCAACUUGAGGGAGAGAAAUUUGAUCUAUGUGAAAAACUGAAGAGGCAGAAAUAUGAAAUCAACCUGCUGCAGAUUCGAGUUCAUGAACAGAUGGGAAAAUUCAGUACAAAAACAGCUCGUGGCAAGGGUAAGGUGGGUGGUCGUUGGAAGUAAUAAUGGAAUGGGCACAUCGACAAAGGAAGUACCAUCUUCUGAUUGUAUUCACCUUCCUACUAACCAGAGACUGGAUUUCAAGAAGCAAGAUGGUUGUUAUUGAAAUUAUUCAAAAAGGCAUGAUCAAAACAACCAGUUUGUUUUGAUGUGAAGGUUUAAAUUGAUCAUUUGCAUUAAUUAUCUAAAUAUUUCAUUAUUCAGAUAUCAAAUGGAGAUGCAUUCUGAAAAAUAUGACUUAAUUUGCUAGCACCAUGUCAACAGGAUGUAAUUCUGAGUAACUCUGAAAAUGUUAUUUUCACAUUUUUCCUCUUCCUCCACUGUUUGAAAUGUGCACAUUAAAAUAUUAAUACAAC